CUUCCCGGCAGGACGUGAGAGCGCGCACGCGCACCGGGGCCUCCGCCAUGGCGACCGUGCUGUCCAGGGCGCUCAAGCUCCCGGGGAAGAAGAGCCCGGACUUGGGGGAGUAUGACCCCCUCACGCAGGCCGACAGCGACGAGAGUGAAGAUGAUCUCGUGCUUAAUCUGCAGCAGAAGAACGGAGGGGUCAAGAACGGGAAAAGUCCGCUGGGAGAAGCACCAGAGCCCGACUCGGAUGCUGAGGUCACAGGGGCUGGGAAGCCUCAUCUCUCGGAGGUCACCACAGAGGGGUACCCCUUGGAGCCCCUGGGGGGCCUGGAGCAGAAGGCGGCCUCCUCCAUCGUGUCCUACAUGCGCACAUCCGUCUUUCUGCUGAUGCUGGUGAUCUCCAUGGUCCUGGUGCUCGUGUGUGCCUUCCUGAUCCCCUGUCCCCCCCGAGACCUGCACAGCACGUGGAGCCGCCACUUGGGUCCCCAAGGAGGUGGGGACCUGUCUCCACUGGACCUGGCGGACGUGAACGGAGACGGCCUGCGUGACGUGCUUCUCUCCUACGUGACGUCAGGGAACGGGAGCACCGCUGGUGUCUCAAGGCCACCUGCUGUCCUCGUGUGCCUUUCGGGGAUGAAUGGCAGUACGCUCUGGUCUAGUCCCCUCCCCGAGGAGGCCCGAGAUAUUACCUGUCUGGAUCUAAUGCCAGGGAGAGUGGCCGAAACCAUCUGCCUUGUGACGGGGACACACAAGAUGUUCAGCGCAUUCAACGCGACAUCAGGGAAAGCCAUUUGGACUUUAGACCCACACUACUUACCCAACGGUACCCUGGCUGCCCCAGGCGUGGUGCUGCCAGACCUGGAUGAAGAUGGCAUUAGAGAUCUCGCAGUUCUGGUCAUUGGGGAAUUGCAGCCAGAUCUGUGCUUUCUGCUGGUGUCUGGCCGGACAGGGAGUCCCAUGGGCCGACCCGUGAAGUACAACAUCGUCGGAGUGGGGAACCUGAUCGGCCCUCAGGUUUACAUCACCACCAGCGGGGCUGCCUACGUCCUGUUUGGCUUUGGAAGUAUCCAGGCUGUCGCCCUGCGGGACAUUUUUGUUCAGGCCCAAAAUCGAGACCGCUUACCACCUUCCCUGCAGAUAGACGAGCCCGAGUGGGAGAGGCGGAGAUCCACCAACCUGUCUGAGCUCAUUGACAUUUACAGUGAUGGAGUGGAGUUCCUCCAGACGGUGAAGGUGCCGGAUUCCAACAGCAGCAACCUCCUGAUCACAACCAGACAAGGCCUUGUCCUGCUUCAGGGGCAAAAUCUCACACCUUCCUGGACCUUGAGCCUCCAAGGCCUGCACAGCCAGCCUACUCCUGGGUAUUUCACGGAUGAUGAGACGUUAGACUUCCUUCUGCAGAUACCGAAUGGAGUUGGGCUGAAAAAGGUGAUGGUGGUGGAUGGGGACUCUGGCAUGGUCGCUUGGAGUUACAGCAUUCCGUGUCACAUGGAAGAAACCCCGGCCACCUCAGCAGCCGCUGUGGGCCAGAAGUCUGUCUUCCUCUUCUGGGCUGAAGGGCUGUCAGCUGCAUCGCCCAAUCCUGAUGUCGUCCUAGGAACUGAGCCACCCAGCCUUCACCACCUGUACCUCCUGCAUCCAGCCUUCCCCUCCAUUCUUCUGGAUCUGGCCAAUGCCACCGGCACCGUGACGGCUUCAGAGGUUGGGAUCAACGACCUCUGGAAAGAUGCCUUUUAUGUUACCAGGACAACAGGGCCAAGCUCUGAAGGGCAUCCAGCACCCUUGGUGGUCAGCAAGCUUAGUCUGCGGUGGGCACUGAUGGAGGGCCAAGUGGUCCAGCUAAAGGAGACAGCCCCCAAAAUUGGCCGCGGGGAGCUGCGAAGAUUCCUCUCUAGGAUAAAGUUCGUUGACUCUCCCUACCAGAUCUAGGCUGCUGGACGCUGCAGUUUCAGAAGAAGUGAACUGAAUGGUACCGUCUCUGUCCAGCCGGGGACGAUGACUUCUGUCAGCCACUGCACCACGUCUGCGUGAAUGUUGCCGAGCACUUGGGAAGGCACGUGGAGGGUCUUGGAUAACAGCACGAUCCGUUCGGCUGGGGUGCUGCCCUGCCAACCCACCAAUGAACCCCUUCUAGGUGUUCUGUGUGGAUAGUUUGGAAAUGUGAAUCUUGUGUUAUUUUUUGUGUGUCUAAUUUAUGAACCCUUGCUGGGAAAUUCCAGUGAAGUCCUUCCCUGGAACAUUUUGUCGUGCGUUACGCCCUGAGUGUGUAUCUGUUGGUGUGGUGACGAAACCUUCUCUAGAUAAGUAUGUCCUAAGCUCCAGGGACCCAGGUUCUCAUCCGUCCGAAACACAUCUGGUUGGUUUGGGCCUCUUGAGACUCCCAGAUAGCCUACCUCUGACUUGGAGGGCCCCUUGGCAUUUCUCCUGUUCGUCUCCCCCUACCUGUACCUUGGCUGCAGUAGCGAGAGAGGCUGACACGGGGAUGGCGCGAGCCACCCAGAAUCCUCCUCUCUUCCUUGCUUUGUGGCUCCUGUCUCCUCUCUCCUCACAUGUUUCUUUGCUCUGUAUUCAGUGACCAUAACAACGACCCUGUUCCUAUCAGAAGGGGAACAGGAGAAGUUUAAACGCCCCACCUCUGACAAGGUCCAUAGGUUAUGACGUGGUUCGGGUAUUUCCUCCAGUCACGGCCAUUUUACCGUGGUCACUUCGGACGUGCUCAGGUGUGCACCGUCCACAGCUUAGAGGAAAACUCAAGUCAGGAACGCCUGCGGCUGGCAGCCUCAGCCCCUUUAUCUCCACCCUGCUUUCUCAGCAUCUUCUGGUGGGCCUCCUCCUUUCUGCCUCUCAUUUUGCUCUUUUUAUUCAGGGAUGUUUUUGCUUUGAUCGCAUGAGAGCAAAGCUGUUUCUGGACUUUGGCUCCUUGAGUCCAGCAUGCAACCAUUCUGCCCUGUAGCCCCACUUCCUUGUAGAGCCUUUGAAGCAGAGUAUUUUGAGAAUAUGGCUGUGUAAAUACUAUAGCUUUUAUGAAUGGAGAAGUUCUUUGCGAUUAUCCCCAGAGCUUGCUUCUUCCUUCUUCUGUGUGGAUAUGUUGCUUUAUCAGGUUCUCCCCUAAACUUCUAGGUCGUUGUUUCUAUUUUGAGAAAAUGUCUAUGUAAAUGCUGUAGCUUUUAUAAGUGGAGAAGUUCUUUCGAAUUAUCUCCAGAGCUUAUUUCUUCCUUCUUCUGUAUGAACAUGUUACUUUAUCAGGUUCUCCCCUAAACUUCUAGGUCAUUGUUUCUAUUUUGAGAAAAUGUCUAUGUAAACACUAUAGCUUUUAUAAAUGGAGAAGUUCUUUAGAAUUACCUCCAGAGCUUAUUUCUUCCUUCUUCUGUAUGAAUCUGUUACUUUAUCAGGUUCUCCCCUAAACUUCUAGGUCAUUGUUUAUAUAGCAGAGAAUCCCACGUUAGCUGGGGGAGAACCGCUGUUCUUCUCGAACAGUUUUGAUAGGUCAUCCGAGUGCACUCGGUUUCUCUCCUUACUUGAGCCUGUGUCUUUUAAGCUUGUGUUACUAAAGAGAUUCCAGAAAAUCGGGAUGCCAGAUUUAAAGGGGUAUGUCUGAAUUGCCCACUGGUAGGCGUUGUGACGUAACCGAAGGUUGGUAGCCAGAGCUGUAAGCAGGCACGUUGCCUGGCCUGUAGACUGGCCUCGCCAGGUUUCUGCCCCCUUCCCGCCCCCCUCCCCACCUGAAGUCCCUGAAAGCAAAUUUGGUUUCAACACUUUGGAAGGCACGUGUGGGUCCAGCUUAUUGUGAACUUGGGAGAACAAUCAGGAGACACCCAAGAGUCUGGGAUUGAUUCCGGAUUCACUUCUAGGGUUUGAAUCUGCCUGGCUAGAAGGGCGUAGGAUCUAGUUUAGUCUAAUAGAGAAUUCUAAGGACUGAUUCACAGUCCACCGAAUACCUGAAGCCUGAGUGGCGGCCUGGGCUGGGCCACCUCGUUCUCUACCACGUGGAGGCUUUCAGGGCUGCCAGCCACUUCAGGCAGGAGUCAAAUGCAAAGCUGUUUACGGAAGAUCUGGUUUCGGAGGACUGUUUGGGGCAGGAGACUAUAUUUAUGCUGGGCGAGUCCCAGAAACACCUAAGCAGCAGCCAGGGAGAACAGCGGCGCUACAUUCUUUGUGGUGUGUUUGCAGACUGACUUCACAUAGGUUGUCUGGACUCUGAUCAGUUUGAAUCUCUCUUGCUAAACACAGGACACAAGCUCUAGGUUUUCCUUCUUCCUCCUGCAGCCAGUACAGGGGGAGUAAAUGGUGGCUGAAGAUCGAGGAAGCUUCACCGGAUCGGUGUGCGUGCUGGUCUCUUGUCAAAUGUGUCCCUAAACUUCCUUCUCCUCGCAGGCAACCCCCCAGCCAGACUUCAGAGAUAGGAAGUGCGCCUCUCUUUUGGGGUUGCCAGCAGAGCCAAUCGAGCACUACUUAGAAAGCGUUUUGACUUCAGUGAAUGCCAGGGUGUUCCUUCUCCCAGUCUCUCCUUUCUCCUUCCCGUACAAGCCCUCUGCCCUAGACGACAUCCUCCCCACCCCCAGAGGGACUUUGCUCCCCUUCUAGUGCGGUUCCCCCCACCUCGAAUGUGAAUGGCCGCCCUGACUGCCUGUGUUAAAUAAGAGCCAGCUGGUACAUUGUCAGGAAGCGCUGUUUAAAAUGUGAAUCGUUACAGAACAAAUAAACACUGUGU